AUGGCAUGGACUCAGAGUACACAAAUCGCCAGAGAAGAGCCUAAUUAUGAAAAGGAUUUGGGAGUUUUGAAUUGGGAAUCGUUUUUCCCGACAGAUGAAAUUAGUGGAAUCGGAGAAAGGGUCCAACAAGCAGUUAUUGGAGACGAAAAUGCAUCAGCUCCAAAAAGUAAUCGACGAAACAGAAACGUCGACAAACUCACCCCAGCUGUUCGAAAAUUGAUGGAUGGCGUGAUCCAUCUCCUCCAUUUCAAAGACGAUGCACUAGUGACUCUUUCCGUUCUGCCGCAGUUGAUAGGGCUGUUGAACUCCUCCGAUCCGAACCAGGCUCACAAUGGCGCUUCGUCCAUCCUUUCACUCGCGAAGAAAGCAGCGCCGAAGUAUGCUCUCAUUGAUUCAAAAGACCUUAUGCCCGCCUUUUCCCAUUUUCUUCAAGACACGAAUACAAAGACGCACGAUGAAACUAAAAAGGCUGUUCUUGGUACGAUGGCAAUCCUUAGUGAAGAACCCAAAGGCCGAAUGGCUAUGUUCAAGGGUCACACCAUCCAAGCGCUGGUUCGAAUGCUCGGCCAUCCAAAAGACACCAUCGUCAAAUAUGCCCUAUCGACGCUUUACAACCUCAUCUCAUACAAUAAAGACGAAGUGGCGGGAGCAAUUCGUCUCGCUGGCGGAGUCAAACGGAUGUCCGCUCUGAUUAGCCCCAAAGAAAAUCGACCUUUCAAAGAUAAGGUGCACGCGAUCGUUUGUGCCUCGCUGGAGCAGCUGUGCAUGGGAGAUGUGGGCUCAAAGGUGAUUGUUUCGGAAAUGAAUUGCAUCGGCUUCAUUAUUGAUGCGGUGAAAUCUUCGACUUAUGAAAAACUUCGAUACGCCGCCUCUAGAACUCUUUGCUCCCUCAGCGCUUACUCUGGUCUGAAGCGAGAAAUUCUUAGCUUGGAUGCAGUUAACAGCUUGAUCACCGCGUUUGACGAUCCCAAAGCGAGCGAAGACAUAAAGGAAUCAAUCCUGUGGACAAUUCGAAAUUUGUCGGAUAGAAUCGAUGACGAUUCCAAAGUUAUUCACAGACUCAUCUCUGAUUGCCUCUUGAUCAUCAGUGGCGAUUCUAACGUUGUGGACAGCUUGAGGCACAUCGCCGGUGGCAUCCUCUGCAACUUGACUUGCAACUCUGAGAAAAACAAGGCUUACGUCGUGGAAAACAACGGUGUUCGAUCACUUUCCGCCUGUAUCUUAGAAGCAUCUGAUUCCCUGAGCACGAAAGAGCCCGCGAUCUGUACGCUUCGACAUCUGACCUCCAGAAACCCAUGUGCUGAAAAGGCACGAGAUCAAAUUGCCGACCGCCAUGUCAUUGCUGAACUUCAUUCCGCGCUCAAGAAUUUUCCCGAGCUACGGCCAGACGAACAAGAUGUCACCUACAAACGAGCAGCCCUCAGACUCGUCCGAAACCUCUCUCUCAACAAACGCUGUCGAAACAAAAUGUACGAUCUGAAAGUGAUUACUCAAAUCUACUCGCUGAUGACCGAACUAUCCGUUGCAAAGGGAUACGAGCAGUUCGAAAUCGACGAUGUCAUUGAGGCUUCUCUCAGCGCGAUCCAUGUCUUGUGCAAGGAUGACAAGCAACGAAAGCUGCUCAUGAACAACGAUCCAAGCGGAGUUGUCAAAACUCUUGUGCAAUUCGCUCUUGCCCCUUCGCUCAAUUGUAAACGCGAAGCUCUUGGAGCCCUGGCAGAGUUGUCCCAAGACUCUGGAUAUCGAAGCCUAAUCAAAAGUUAUGAAGGGCAUAUUUCCGAGCUCAUGGCGAUCGAUGUCGAGUCUGUUUCGGUUUAUGCUGGAUACGUUCUUUACCAAAUCGACGAGGACCAAAAAAGAACAUUGCGACGCAAAGCUACAAUCGAAAAGAAAUUAGAACAAAUGGAGCAACAAGAAGAUCAUGACGAGCUGCCGAAGAAUUUCGCCCAAGAAACGGAAGAACAGCAGAUAACUACUGGAGAUUCUGACGUUUGA